AUGACUUCCGUCAUUAUCCGCUUGCAAAAUCUGCCAAUGACGGCGAAUGCGUCGAAUAUUCGUCGCUUUUUUGGUGGUUUAAAUAUUCCGGAGGGGGGCGUACACAUUGUUGGCGGAGAGAAAGGCGAUGCAUUUAUAGCAUUUGCUACCGACGAAGAUGCUCGAAAGGCGAUGCUUUUGGAUCACCAGUAUAUCAACUCUGCUCAGAUUCGCUUAUUUCUCAGCAGUAAGGCUGAGAUGCAGUCUGUCAUAGAGACAGCUCGUUGUUCUGUAAUCAUGGCAUCUCAACAGCCUCCCACCGCUCAAGAAACCGUUUCAAGACCUCCUGGUCAGUAUAACCCAUCUUCUCACACUAUUUCUGCUCAUUCUCAGUCCUACACGCGUCCCUCUGGUCCGCCCGGCAUCAGCUCUACCGGUGGACCGUAUGCCCAGUCAUCAUCCCAUGCUCCUCACCAGGUUCCGUCCGAUAAAGGACCUGAAUCUCAUUCAGAUACUGCAUAUGGUCACGGUUACGAUCGCUCUGAGAUCUGGGGCAAUGAUCAUGAUGGGAAUCAACUGGGGUACAGUGGCUAUAGCAAGGAACAAAGUCGCCCACCGAGACCGUCGGAGUCGCAGGGGAGUGAUGGGGUUUUUCCACCUCAUAAGGGCGGCGGCGAUGGAUACAGCGGCUACAAUGGAGCCUACGAGGAUCGACCACCACCGCCGACGGGAGACGGUUACUACGGUUAUGGUAACGGUUAUGAAGGCGACAUGCACUACGAAGAAUCGGGCUAUUAUCGCGAAAAUGCCCCUAUGUUCCCAAAUGGUGAACGUGAUUUUUCAGUUAGGCCGCCCUGGCUCAGAGAUGAAGAUAGUCAUUAUGCCAAAAGAUCGGGUCCUCCUGACUCUGCUGGCAUUGAUGCAGCUCCCUAUAAACGUUACCGGCAGGAGGAAAUUCAGCCACAAAGUUCGGAGGUACCAUGUCUGGACUUCGUUGUAAAGGUUUCCAUGCGUCCUUCAGAUGUCACGGUAAAAAGUGUUUUUGAUCUUCUCCGCGGUGUAAAUAUUGUUCCCAAGUUUGGUAUUAGGGUGGAGGAAGACGCUCUAAAACGAUACACUGGGAACGUCUACUGUAUGGUCACUUGUCCUCAAUCACAUCAUCGGGCUUUAGCGUGCGACGGUAAUGUUUUCCGUGGUGCUAAAGUUCUAGUGGUCAACUCUUCGGCGGAAGAAUACUUCAAGGUUACCGACAGCAGUUUCCAGAGUAGGUGUCCUCCGGCUCUCCUUGAAAGGAUUCCGCCAAGAGCCUCCACAAAGCCAAACUACUACAGCGAGGGAUGCAUUGAAAUCUCCGAGAUCCCAAGCGAUGUUACCGAGAGGGAUAUUGUUAGUUUCCUUGGUGUACCGGGACUCAGUGAAGAGAAUGUCAAGAUUGUGCAGAGUGGGCCUCGGGGGUCCGCUGUGGCCUUAGUUCGUCUCCCCUCUGCCCGUGACUUGGACAUCCUCCUGGGCGCACCACCGCGUCCUUUUAGCCGAAAUCAGGCGCAAAACGUUAAGCUUAUGGCAAUUUCUGCCAUGCAAUUUGUUCAUUCGGUGCCCAGAUCUCCCCAAUCCAAACAGACAGAUGGCGUAACUAAACAAGCAACUCCAGAAAUUCCGGCAGCAGCCAAAACUUGUUGCUUUAUUUACGGUUUUUCGCGGAAUAUGACAAUCUUUGAGAUUUCAAAAAUCUUCCCCAGUGUGUUCAUCCCGGGCGAUUCUAUUCAUCUGUUGUCAAGCAGUCGCGCUGCAGUAAUCGAUUUCAUUAACGAGGACAGUUGCAAGACGGCUUUGCGCGACUUUUCGGCUGCAGAAAGUGAGCUUAAGAAAGUGCAUCGGAACCUUUGUAUGCGUGCCAUAUCAAAGGCAGAAUUUGAACAAAAGCUUCAGGAUACCGAGAGCCAAACAAAAUCGCAAACCACUGAUAGUGAUCGCGGCGAGUCCAGGCCGACUGCGUCUCGUUACCAUCAUCCUCCUCAACCGCCUCUUCCUACACCACCAAGGGGGGCACAUCCCAGACCGCCCUUCCCGCCGCCUGGUCCUCCACCACCACAAUUCCGUAGGCCCGGUCCUCCGGUGGCCGUUAGCGUGCACAUAUCCAAUCUCCCACCCAACUGCCCUCCUAAUGCGGUACUGGACGUCUUUCGGCCAUUCCGUCCCCUCCCGGGUUCGCUUCGUUUCCGCCGUGACCACCGUGGAAAUCAGAUGGGCGAGGCGCUAAUUUCUUUUGGCUGCUUUGGAGACGCGGAGCGAGCAGCGCAUGAAACCAACAUGUUUCGGCUCUUCAACAAUAGCCUCUCUGUUCGUAUCCACCAACAGUAG